AUGUUUGGUUAUAAGCUUUUUGGCAAUAACGGGCAGGAACUGUACUCCACGCCACGUGAAUUCCACGUAAAGGCGCGGGAGGACAUCCAGCGCCAUUUACAAAAGCUCCAGGAUAAAAAAACCGCCAAAUCCACCGAACAAGCUCAGCCGGUUCCGGAACAAGAGGCGUCGCUCACGUACGGCUCAUCGCCGCUCCGCAGGGCCAUCACGGUCUCGUCGCAGGACUCGUCCGAUGAGACGUCCAUAGAUUCCGAACCGGUGCAAUUGCAAAGACGCCAGACGAUGGAAUCGGCUGAGUCGUCGCUGUUCACCCAACUUUCGCAAAUAUACUCAAAUACUACGCUUCCGACGCAGGUCAGCGACGUUCCUGUUGCUCAUUCGGACCAGAUAUCGCUGGCAGAGGCGCUUCCUCGCGAUUUCAGAGAUUAUUACUCGCCAGAUCUGCAAACCCCACGGUUCCCCAACGGACGCCCCCUUUUCACCAAGAGAAAUUUACGGGAUUGGGAACUUAACGACAUCAGGUCGCUUUUGAUUGUCGAUAGUGUGCGGCCGGAAUGGAAGGGCAAAUCGCCGCUGAUUCGGCUGCCAUAUGUGCCUGUUACGCUGAAAAUCCAGGUGCUACCGCUGGACGCACCCGAUGCCCAAUACGUCGAAACUCUGGCCAAUUCUGACAUCUACGAGGAGAGUCGGUUCGAUAUCGAGUUUAGACAGAAAACAGCAAACUACAUUGUCCAACAGGCGCGUCAGCGACACGCCAGCCAGUUCCAGCAUCAGACUUUUAUGAAGUACGAAUGGCGCAACAUUGUGGAGAACUAUUUGCUGAAUCUCGCGAUCGAAAAUCAAUGCAGAUAUGAGUUCAAGCAGAAGGUGAGCGGGCUUAAAAAGGCUAAAAACCAGGGCAUUCGUGGUGACGAAGUGCUAUACAAAAAAGUGUUGAAGAACAGAAUCGAACUAACCGACGAGGUUAAGUUCCAGAUCUGGCAGGAGGUGCAGAAAUCGGUGUAUAAGAGUUUGGAGAGCGCAUGA